CCGCCCCGCCCGCAGCGGCCCGGCCCGCGGGGGAGGGAGGCGGCUGGGGUCGCGGCCGCGGCGGCGGUGCCCCUGCUCCCGGGUGUCCGCGGCCGCCGCGCGGGCCGAGCCACGAUGUUCGGGAUGCUGAGCAGCAGCUUCGAGGACGACCCCUUCUUCUCUGACUCCUUUAUUGCACACCGAGAAAGUAUGCGUCAGAUGAUGAGAAGUUUUUCUGAACCGUUUGGAAGAGACUUGCUCAGCAUCUCUGAUGGUAGAAGACGAGCUCAUAAUCGUAUGAGACACGAUGAUGGCGAGAGCUCCUUGGCUCGCUCGGACGUCGGCCCCUUCCAGGCGCUGGACCGAAUGACCGCGAACCUGCGACGCGGCGCGCUCGAGCUGCAGAGGACCCUCGGUCACCUUACACUGGAUCCAAACGGACAUUCGUUUAGUGCCUCCUCAGUCAUGACUUACUCCAAAGUAGGAGAUGAACCACCGAAGGUUUUCCAGGCCUCAACUCAAACCCGUAGGGCUCCAGGCGGAAUAAAGGAAACUAGGAAAGCAUUGAGAGAUUCGGAUAGUGGACUAGAAAAAAUGUCUGUUGGUCAUCAUCUUCACGACCGAGCUCAUGUCAUUAAAAAGUCAAAGAACAACAAGACUGGAGAUGAAGAGGUCAAUCAAGAGUUCAUCAAUAUGAAUGAAUGUGAUGCUCAUGCUUUUGAUAAUGAGUGGCAAAAUGAGAUUUUGAAGUACAAACCAGUGGGACAAUGGCACAACGUGGAAAACCCUAGGAUGCGAAGCGUGGGUCAUGAGAAUUCAGGUUGCCGAGAACUUAAAAGAAGGGAGAAACCUCAUCAAAGUCCAGCCAUUGAAUAUGGAAGAAGAUCAAACGUUUCUGUGGACAAACUCAACGUCAAAGGAUCUCCUGUGAAAAUCAACAGAAAAUAAAUAGCCUUGCAUUUGAUUCGUUUAGUCUUGUUUUAACAGAGAAAGUAAUGGUGCUGGGUUAUACCCAUGAGACCAAUCUCUCGCUAAGUCAGUACUGUACUUCAUUCACUUUCUUCUGAUAUCUGAAUGUUCUCGGAAGGGAGCCUGCUUUAUACUGUCUGUACUUUAGGAAUAAAACUUUGGUUUUCGACACUUUAA